UAUACCUACCUAAUUUUGGUCUCAAUGAGUUCAUUUUAAAACGAAAGAGAACGAAAUACAAUUAUUACAAAGCUUGAGAAUUUUACUUAACCAACCAUUCCUAAUAGAGUUAGCAUAACAAUGUUCGACCCACUCUAUAAAACCCCCAUUGUCUCUGCCCUAUCUUUCAAAAAUCACCCAUAGAGACGACAUUUAUGGCGCGCAGCUUUUUUUAUUUGACAUUUUAUACAAGUUUAUUCAAACAUAAUGAUAGCAUCACAGACGUUAUCUUUCUAUGCAGCGUUACCGCGAGCUCGGGUCUGAUAGCAUCUGGGGCCAGCCAAUGCUAGUUAAACCGACCUGAUAAGGAAUCGGGCGGGCUAGUGUGGGUCGCCGUGCACACACGCCCGCGCGGCGCUGUGUGCGUGGAGGGGAGUCCGCGCGGCAGCCAGUCACUCAGUUUACGCGGGAAAAGCAUGACGGUGCGAACGAAUAUUCGGUCUGUUAAAGACAAUUGUAGUGUUUAAAAGUGUUUCUGUAGCUUCUGUGAUGUUAUUGUGGCUGAGGUACCUGAAACAGCUGGAGCUGGCGUGCGCCGGUGCCCCGCCAGGCGGCGCUGUCGACGUCAAAACAAUGUGUGAGGACGAGGAAUGGGGAAACGAGAGCGAGGCGAUGCCAGGAGAACCUCGCACGCCGAGCUCGGGGGGGGAGAGGGCCGCGUCGAGCGGCGGCGCAUCGCCCGCGUCGGUGUCGGCGGGCUCCCCAGCCGCCUCGCCACCGCGCCUGCGCCUCAACACGAGCCUCGCCACUGACCCCGCGCUGGCGCCCUCCGCCGCGCCGGUCAAACGCGAGCUCCCUUCGCCCUCACCCCCGCCGCCGCCUGCGACGACCCAAGCGCAAGCCAGGGACUACCUCGCUCUAACAGCGGCAGCGUUCCCUGCGCUCUUCCCAGUCGCCCCGACCGGCUACAUGUGCCAGCCAUGCGGCAUCCGCUAUUCUUCUCUAAGCACGCUGCAAGCGCACCAGGAGCAUUACUGCUCGAACAGGCGGCCGAAGCCUGCCGAAUCUGUUGAACCGGGCGCUGACGCCGCCGGAGAUGAAUCCAGUAGCGAUGCAAAGACUCCAAGACGUACAGGAAAGCAAUAUGCUUGCACCUACUGCUCGUAUAGCGCUGAUAAGAAAGUCAGCCUUAACAGACAUAUGCGCAUGCAUUCUUCAUCUCCAGUCAGCAGCGGGACCCCUGCCCCGACCCCGACUUCUAAUGGAGAAGCUACCGAAGGCCAACCGUCGCCUGAUCGGUAUUGCGCCGACUGUGAUAUAAGGUUCAGCUCGAUCCAAACUUUUAGAGCUCAUAAAACACAUUACUGCAGCACGAGACAGGUGGUGAAACCUGCUGCAGCUUCAGCGAGAGGAAGUUCUGUAACCUCAGGGUCUGCGCCUCCUUCCCCUGGAGCCACACCACCCGCCCAGAACCAAUAUGCGCUAGCCCUGCCUACUAAUCCUAUACUCAUCGUCCCGUACUCACUCCUGCGGGGCGCGAGCACCCUCCCGGGCACUACUCUACCAGAUCCCGACACGCCGUGCUUUUUGCUACCAAACGGCACAUUUCAACCGCUCAGCCGAGCUAUACCAAAUAUGAAUUCAGAUGGAAAAGAAGCCGAAGUUUUAAAGUCAGCCAAUCGGCCUCGGGAGACUUUGAAAGAUGGUGGCACCCCUUUGGAUUUAAGCGUGCGGCGAACUCCUGAAUCAGUGGGUACUGAUGAGCAUGAGAAGGAAAAUAGGCUUCGGUCCGCAACGCCAGAACAGAUUGUCUGCGCGCCGUCGCUCCCAGGGUCUCCAGGCACGCCGUCACCACAGCGUCGAUCAUCAUCUCCUACUGGAGAGAGCUCACCAAAGCGCCGACGACGAGACUCCAGAGGGCCAACGCCAAAGCCUCCAAGCGUCCCCUCCCCGCCUGAGAGCAAAUUCAUUCCCGUACCGCCUGCAAUCCUGCCGCCAGCCCUGGCCAUGCGUCUAGCCUCAGAACUGCCUCUGGCAGCCGCAUCCCCACAAGUUCUAGUCAAGCAAGGCGUGUCUAAAUGCAAAGAGUGCAACAUCGUUUUCUGCAAAUACGAGAAUUAUCGCGUACAUAAGCAACACUAUUGUAACUCAGGCGGAGACGAGCGGGUAAGUCCGGCGCCUCCGGAGCCUGGACCACCGCCUCAAUACCGCCAGCUUUACUGUUUGGCUUGCGGGAUCCACUUCAGUUCUUUAGACAAUCUGGCAACGCAUCAGAGCUACUACUGCACGAAGCGCGAGACGCGGUCUCCUCGAUCUGUUCCCGAGGCUCCUAGGCCGGCUUCUGGAUCGGAGGGAGGAUGGAAGUGUCCGUGCUGCGAUGUGGUAUCGCCGACAGCGGCGGCAGCGCAGCGCCAUAUGGAGGCACACGCAGGCGUCAAGGCCUUCCGCUGUACCAUCUGCCGUUAUCGUGGCAAUACAUUACGCGGGAUGCGUACACACAUACGAAUGCACUUCCCGAAGAAACCUGCUGAUUUGCAGGAAGAGAGCUACAUAGCCUGCGUGGUUGAGGAAGACAGCCGUGAGACCACUUCCCCCGCUCCCGCCGUGGGAGAGCGCGUGCACCGCUGCAGCUCGUGCGCCUACACCUCCACCUACCGCGGCAACGUCGUCCGCCACGCCCGCCUAGUCCACGCCACCGACGAGCCAGAAACAGAGGAAACCUCCCCUAUCCCGGUCGUGGACAUAAAAAAAGAACCAGAGACAGAAGAGGAAACCCCAAAUUAUUGCAAAUCUUGCGAUAUUUCGUUCAAAUAUGUCAACACUUAUAAGGCGCAUAAGCAGUUUUAUUGCACGGCAAAUAACCAGGAUGCCGCGGCAAAUAAUAAUGUGCCGGCAGCGCUACCAACUGCGCGGGUUAACGAAGUUCUUUGAACGUUGCGUUUGAAAUUAAACGUUCUGAAUGAGGAUUGAGGUGAUUAUCAUAUGGAUUAGAAUAGACCAGUCAUAGAUAGGUCUUUGAAAAUUAAUGUAGUGUCAUUAUCGAGUAGCGACUCAUUCUUGACGCAACAACUGUAUGUUAAAGGGAUAAUUCAAUUUGUACUUACAUCUUUUUAACUGAUAUCAGCGUCUUUCUCUGCAGAGUUGCAACUCGAUUGCGCUUAGUUAUAUAAAUAAGUGAAAUCGUAUCUAAAACUUUUGGAUCUAUAUUAUAUCAUGUGCAAUAAUUGAAAUAAUCGAUAUAUUAUACUGCAUAUCAACGCCAAAUUUAACGGUUUGAUUUUAAUUUGAUUGGACUUAACGGCUUAUGUAAAUAGCUCUCAAUAGACUUAUAGCUUUUUUGUUAUUGUUAUGUAAAAUUAAAGUUAAUCGUGUAUGUAUUAGUUAACGUUAAAAAGUACCAAAUUGUAAAUAUUAAAGUAUGUGUAAAGAUAUUAUUACAUCGUAACGAAAUUUUAUUACCAUUUGUUCUAAGCAAUUGUUCUUAAUUUGUUGUUAAUUUUGUUUAAUAUUAUUAUUAGGAAACUGAGUAUUUAAAGACGUACUCAAUACAGGUACAUUACGUACAGCUAUAGCACUGUAAACAAAAAAUUAUAAUGGUUUCACCAAAAAUGUGACACUAACGGCAUGAAUUUUACACAACUAUAUUAUAAGCAAUCUUACAAGAGCAGGAUGCAGCUAUCUCCUAUCGUAAAAUGAAAGUAAUAGAUGCAGGUGCGAGUAUACUGUUUAUCUAACUAGCAGAUAGCUGCCUCUCGCUCUUGCAGGAUAGCAAGCAAGACCAUGUGUAAUGAGUAUUACUUAUUGGGUUUAUUUGUGCAGACCUCAUAUUGUUUCUGACAUUUAUGAUACCUACAAGGAUGUAUCCGUCGUAUAAACGCUUCUUUUAUUCCAAAAUAGGUAUCGAAUUUGAAUUUAAUCGCUGCUUCAAAUAGGUAUAAGCAUAUUUGUCCUGAUACCUAAAAUGUGGAAAAGAGAUAAAUUCUUUUAAGGUAAAAAUAUAAAAUAAAAUACGUUAUAUUCGUGCUUUUUGUCACAUUUUUGCGGGAAAUUCUGUCUUUUAGAUACAAUCUGUGCUGUAUCCUUUUCAGUUUAGGGACGUACUUAGAAACAGACGUUCCGUUGCACGCAGAAAUAGAUUAAAAAAAGCAUUUGGAUAAAUAAGGAAUUAAGAUUAAUACCAUGUUUUGUCAAUGCCAAAGCAUCGCUAGCGUAUCGUAUGCAUUUAUAGCUAUCUCACUAAUAUAGUUAUAGAAUAAUAAACACAAGACUUAUCUUUAGAAUUGUAAAUUGUCACUGUGUUGUCUCGAAAUGUGUUUACGUUCUGGUUUUUGAAAAGGUAAACGAACUGUAUGGUUGCUAGCGGCAAUAUAGCCUGUCAAUCCAAUUCCGUCGCUAGAAAAAAGCGGCAAAUUUAAAAAAAAAAACGUAGAUCCGAAGAAAGCUUCCCGUAGAAGAUUUGAAAUUCGCGCCUUUUUCUACUGAGAAAUGCGUUCGACCGACUAUGAACAACGCGGAAAAAAUUGUUAAUGCUACCCAAUAAUAAAGUAAACAAAGUCAAUUCAUGACUUGAAAACGGGCCACAUUGGUGGCUAAUUUCGCAAUUGACAGUGUAGCUAGAUGUAAAUUGUAAAACUAAAGGUGGGCGUUUGGAUUGCAACUGCACCUGCGUUACUGUUGCGACAUUACUGCUGCAGUAUAUACGCGCCCGCCGCGCUUCCUCUGUCAAUUUAAGAAAUAGAAGAGUGAGGGAUUGAACGUCAUAAAUGUCAUCAUAAUUAGAGAUGCAACGGAUAGUUGUUUGGCCGGAUACCGAAUAUUCGGCUUGAUUGUCGGCCGAAUAUUCGUAAAUGGUAUAUGACUGUUUUUAGAUUCAUUUCUUCUUCCCCAAAAUCACGUUAAAUGACUAUCCGGUCGGCCGGAUACUAUGUAGAUAUCCGGUACGGACCGGAUACCGGAUAGUAACCGAAUAUUCGGUGCAUCUCUAGUCAUAAUUGCGGCAGUAAUGCGGCGGCGAACGUCACUCAUAUUAUCAAGGGAAUUGACAGAUACAGCGACAUCAACACCGCCGUAAUAUCAUUAGGUUCAGUAAUGCAGCUACAGUUGAGAUCUGAAUGUCACAUUAAUCGUUUUCUUAAACAUUCAGCGGAAGACAAAUUUAGAGUAUUAUAGUUCGUGUCAUCCACGAUGACGCGCAAUUUGUCAAAUCUAACCUCUAAUAACAUGACAAUACGAGUCAAGACACGCGUCUUCGUGAAUGACACGAUCUGAAUAUAUUGUGUGUACAGGACGAUUCAUAAAAGCUGGCACGAAUGGAAUGAAUGAGUGAAUCAAAAUAUCUGUACCCCUAGUGUAAAGGGAUUUUGAGUUUACAAAACGUCCCGCUUGGCACGUUGUUUCUAAAUCCCAUACAAAAUGAGACUUAACGCAAACGCGUACGUCACGUUAUCGAAUAAAUUUACACUAAGGGUUCUGAUGUGUGUAUCACUAUAAUCAAUAAAAUGGUGGCUCUGACUGUAUACUGUGUGAUUUUGGGGUCGUGAUCCUGAAUGUCGAAAAUGUGUUGGGGCCGAUAUGAAAAUCGUGAUUUUUUUUAUCCCUGGUCCCAUACGUUUCGUCUACGUCGGGCCCCCAAGAGUCAACGUGUCCAUUGGAUUUUUUAUAUUCAUGAUCUUCAUUCAUCUCAAUACAUUUUUGAUAUUCAUGAUCACGACCCCAAAAUCACUGAGUAUAGAUAAAGAAUGAAAAAAGUUUAUUGUAGAAACAUACAGUAAAUCACGACCCUGUGUCCUGAGCUUAUAAACCCUGUGUUACAGGACCCAGUUUCGUCAUACUAAUUUCUUAAUCCAUAUUAUAUCUAUACAAAUUGUCCAGAGUUACAUUGAAAACAGAUAGCUAUGGUUAUUUUACAUAUGUAUUAUUAUUUCUAAGCUGCGUGUGUACGAGUGUUUGUUUGUAACAUACUCAUCAAGGGUGGCGUUAGGCGUAAGCGACGUGGGCCACUGCCUACGGCCCCGCGGUCCGAGUGGCCUCGCGCCCCAAUGGCUUAUUCAUAAUUCGACCAUAGGGCCUCGCAAAAUGUAUCUUGCCCACAUUAAGUUUUGGUCUAGCGCCGCCCCUGAUACUCAUACAAUGAAAGUUUCGUUCAUUUCAUUCGUGCCAGCUUUCGUGAAUCAACCUGUAUGUCUUCGGCAAAAAAAUUUGAAGUUACAUCCCAGGCUGGUAACAUACGGUUUAAUUACUUUUUUAUCAUAAUUAUAUAACCGAAUUUAGUAUACUUUGUUGUUCGCCAGAUUCUUUGUAUUGUUAUGUUUUAAUUAAAAAUAACGGUAACUUUAGUAAGAUAAAAACUUUAUGUAAACACAGUGUAACCGUUUAGUUUUGAAUUUGAACAUAACCAUAUAAAAUGAUUGAUGUAAAUCAUUAAAUCAUUAUAGUAUAUUUCAAAUAGCCUGGGUCUCGGUGACAGCUGUCAUCUCUAUACAAUUUAUAACCUUAAACCAAUUGACAUAUAUAUCUAAGGACGGGCCUUACGGACGAUAAGUAUGGGGCCAUAUAGCGGUGUCACGCACACGAAUGCGAGCCAAUCGUGCAGUCUAACGCCGCAACGCGAUUGGUUGAUGAGUUCGCACCACGCGCGCGAUUGGUCGCGACUAAUUCCGUUAGGCACGCGCGAUUAGCUCGAAUUGGAGACUGACACCACUGAACUAGCGCAAUUCUUAGUCUCAAAAUAUUGAAAAUGUGUAUUGAUAUGAUAGGUGACACCGUACCCAAGGUAUAGGAAGUAUUUUUAAACAUGUAAUAAAGAAAACUGAGUCAAGUAAUAAUAAAGCAACAGCAGUUACUCUGUUCAGCGUGUUCAUGUAAAAACACCUUAUACACGUUGAUAUAGAGUUUACAUUCACGUGUCUGUCACAGAGUAACGUAAAUCAUGACAUUGUUACGAAUUGCAUCUGAUAACGUGCCAUAAUCCGUGUUCUCAGAAAUAGUUGUAAUUUUAAACAUCUCGAAUAACUGAAACCUGGACCUUGUGUUUAAUUAAAAUUUAUAUAGGCACAUAAACACAUAAUAGCUUAAAAUAGUACAUUACGAUACAAGUGCGAAAAAUAGGAAAUUUAAAUCGACACGAGUUGCGAAUUACCUAUUCGCACAUGUAUCGUACAACGUUUUACAGUACAUAUGGCCCUUUAAAUGUUCGACACAGUAACAUAAUAUGCUACUUCUCGCACUAGUGCUAUAAAGUAGCCCCAUAUGUACUGUAAAUCCGUAUUAUAUGUAAUGUAAGAACUAGGCACGAAGAAUUGACCUGUCAUUUCCUAUUGCUUGCCCGCAUAUAGAUCGUGUGAGCCUUGAGUCGUAUUGUCAUGUUAAUAAAGGUUAGAUUUGACAAAUCUGCGCGUCAUCGUGGAUCACACGAACAUCGACAUAUCUAAGGACGGGCCUUCCGGGUAAUAAUAAUGGGGCCAGUACGGUGUCACGCACACGCAUUCGAGCCAAUCGUGCAGUCUAACGCCACAACGCGAUUGGUUGAUGAGUUCGCAUCACGCGCGCGAUUGGUCGCAACUAGUUGCGUUAGACUGCUCGAAUUCGUGAGUGACCACUGAACUAGCACCAUAUAUAAUGCCCAUGUAACGCCCGUCCUUAGAUUUAUAUGUCAAUGCUAUAAUUAUAUUGCUGCCCGCCGAUGAUACCAGGUGGUCAAUGCCACUGUGAGAGCAGGACAGCUGUAUGAACUAUGCACCUGUGUUAUAGGAAUAUUAUAGUAAUAGGAAAUGGCGGCCAGUUAACGAAAUUCUUGAUGCUUAGGGUACCUACUUUAGCAUGUUUUUUGUAUUGUUAUUUUUUGAGUUUUAAAGAGACGUAAAACACAAGGUAGCAGAAAGUAAGCUGUAUUUAAACUAAAACAUCAAUUUAUUUCACAAUUCCACUUGUAAUCAAAAAUCGACUUUGAGGCAUUGCAAUAGGAUAGGCUUUUUAAGUGUCAUUGUGAAAUAAGUUCUAUUAUAGGAUAUUCUUAAGAUGUUGAUUAAGAGUGGUUCUAUAGAGUUUUUAUAUAAAUAAUUAUCUUUCACAAACUUAAAAUUUAACUAGGAUUAGUCACUAUCUGUUUUCUUUAUAAAACAAUAUUUAGCGAAUACCAUGCGUAAAUAUAUGUGGCUUUCCAUAAGAGAAGGGUCCUGGAUGGAGCAUAAGGGCCCUUCAGGCAUGGAACGCCACAUAUGUUACGUAAAUGUUCAUGCCAACUUUCAUGUAAUUUAAGCAGUGACUUAUAUCUAAGGACGGGCCUUACGGGCAAUAAGAAUGGGACCAGUUACCAGUAUAGCGGUGACACCCACACGAACUCCAGCCAAUCGUGUCGUGCAGUCUAACGCCACAACGCGAUUGGUUGAUGAGUUCGCAUCACGUGCGCGAUUGGUCGCAACGCAACUAGUUGCGUUAGACUGCACGAUUGGCUCGAAUUCGUGAGUGACACCACUGAACUAGCCCUAUUCUUAGUGCCCGUAAGACCCGUCAGAUAUAUUUCAAUGAAUUUAAGCAAGUCGUUUUAAAAUGAGAGCGUGAGUGAGAACUUCAUUGUGUGCGAGCUACUUUUUGGCGCCAGAUUCGUGUGAUUCUUAAUGACUCCAUUAAUAAGUAUUAAAAUUAAAAUAGUAUGUUAAGGUUUGUGAAAGAUAAAUAUUUAUGUAAGUGUGUAUAGAAACACCCUAAAGUGAUAAUACGUGUAAUUAUGAAUCAUUAUUGAGUAGGCCUACAAUGAUAUUGUAAAAUACGCCAGACAAUAAAUUAUUUAUCACAUAUUAA